CCGCGAUAUAUCGUAGUGUCUCGUGACGUCACGCGCUCCCGUGACGCGCACAACCGUCAUGGCGACCGCCAGCAGAAUCAUCCAGCGACUGAGGAACUUCUUAAGCGGGCAAGACCUUCAAAGCAAGUUACAACUGCGUUAUACAGAAAUAGCCAAAAGGACGCAGCCACCCCCGAAACUUCCAGUGGGGCCCAGCCACAAAUUCGCCAACAAUAGUUACUGCCUUAGGGAUGGCCGGAGACUGACCGUCCCUCCAACGGUCCUCAUGUCAUCGCAGAAAGCCCUGCAAGCUGGCACCGCUCUACAGAGCGGUGAGUCGGCAGUGGAAAAAGUCGAGAAGAAACCCGUGAGACCUGGAGAGCUACCGGUGUGGAAAAUAUCAACUGACCAGCCAUACUUGUAGACAAUGCACGUGACGUACAAUGCCACCCAGAAUCAUUCGUUUCAAUGUUUUCGUUUUAAAAAGUGUCCAAGUAUCGUACUAGAAUGCAGUAAAAGUUUCUGGUGCCUACAUUGGACAAUGUGUUAUAAAACGUGCUUGCUGUAUAACAUGCACAUGUAAUAAAUCUAUCCUGAACAUA